AUGGAAAAAGCAGCGGCGGCGGAAAAAGCGGCGGCGGGGGGAACGGCGGCGGGGGGAAAAGAAGCGACGGGGGGAAAGGCGGCGGCGGAAAAAGAGUCGGCGGCGGAAAAGGUGGCGGAAAAGGUGCCGGAAACGGGGGGACGAGAGCUGACCGCUGGCGCUACCAGCACUCCACCAGCACCUGGCUCUGCUGCCGCCGCUGCCGCCGCCACCACCGCUCCAGACUCCGAAAAGAACGGCGCGUCGGCCGAAGGGGGUUC